UAAGGGCUUCAGUAGAGCACGUUUAUGAAUAAGGAACAUCUUACAUUGUUUAGGUUAGCUUGCUGGUCAUGCAUUUUGUGAUCUCGUGAAUUAGACAUUUCAAUUAACAAUUUUUGACAGUAAAAUAAAAAGUAAACAUUUUUCAAAUACAUGUUCAUUUAAAUGGAUAGUUGCUGGUCGGAGCUAAUCGUGAACAUGAUGCCUUUACUGUUAUUGUGGUUAGCUGAGUAAACUGAACUUGACUAUAUGGAGUUGAGUUUACUCAGCUUAUUGUCUCUGGUGUAUGACUUUCUGGCAGCUAGAGCAAAGUCUGUUCUAUCAUGUGCUCCAAAUUCUAGAUGAACUGAUUAUUGGUAAAUAAUGAAAACGCGUGAUUCUUCCCCACCAUUGCACGUUCACGUGCCAGAGACCACACCUGUACAUGUACACCUGAAGAGGAGUCAGAAGAGCUGUACUGCAAAGACCCCACAGAUGAAGAUUAAAGAGGUGCAAAUCAGAGGGGAUAUUGGGAACCUGCGUGCCAGAGCGAGGUCCCGGGCCCCCUGGGUGCCGGCCCCAGGAAGAACCUCCACUCGGGAUGACGCAUACAAGUGGGAGGGGCCUUCAUACUGUCUGGAGAUCAAACCUGUAUCAUAUGCUAAGCCUUCCCUGUCACCGCUGCAGUUGACUGACCUGUCUGAUGAGGAUAAACCAGAGCAGAGGAUGCAUAGCCAGUGUAACAAAUAUGGGAGGAAGAUUGAUGGACUCAUGAUGGAUGUUGGGUCUCCAAAGAAUUACGUGAGGCUGUGGAAGAAGGAGCGUAUGAUGGAGCACCAGUCAAAGUGUCUGAGCGCAUGCCAGCGUGUCAUCGACGAGCAGGAGGAGGAGCUGCUGGAUGCCAACAAAGAGCUGGACCUUAGAGAACGAGAGAAGAUCUCCAUCCAACACUGCCUAAGGAAGAGGGGUGACGCAGGCUACAACAGUGCUUAUUCGGGGACUCUACACGGGGAAAGACACAUGCUACUGAGGAAGCUGGUAGAAGCGGAGUUUGACGGGGUGGCAGUGGUCACACAGUUGACAGCAUUGAAUGAGUCCAUGGGUGGUGUGAAAAAGGAUAAGCGGUUGUCCAAGGCGGACGCUGCCCUGCUUGGUAGGCAGCAGGAGUUGCUGACAAAGAAGAUAGAAACAUUUGAAAGCACAAACCACACUCUCCAAGAACUCCUCAGGGAAUACCAUGAGCGAGAGAUCGAAUCAUUGAGGACGUCAGAGCAAAGUCAAGGCCUACUGAAGAGACUGGCGGACACAGAAGCAGAAAACAUUCAUCUUGCUACAAAACUCAACAACAAAGAGAAGGAAGCCAUACAGCUUGCAGUACGUUUGGAUUCUGAAAAGGACAUUGUGAAGACCACAGGAGAGCUGUCUAAAGUUCUGGAGUCAACCUGCAGCCAGCUUAUGGUUCAGUUACGCAGCAAAGAGACUGAAAAUGACAGCCAGGCCGGCCGGAGCAAAGAGAUGGAGCAGACCCAGGAGCAGCAGAAGGAGGAGAUACAGGCCCUGCUGGAGCAGCUGAAGCGACAGAGUGAAGAGGACAAAGAGAGUCUGAAGCUGGCCAACCAGAGGCAGAGGGCAGAGCACAGUGAGGAUUCAGCCAGACAUCUCUCUGCACAGCUGCUGGAGAAGGAGACUGAGUUGGCAGAGGCCCUUACCUCAGCUGAGAGCUGGUGUACCCGCCACUCUAAAGAGGUGACUGUUAAGAGCCAGCUUGAAGUGGAAAUCGCUGUUCUCAAGAACCAGGUGAGUGAGAUGACUGCACAGAUCCACACUGUGGAGGAGAAAGGCCAUCCAGAGAGGGAGGGGCUCCUGGACCAACUGCACCGCCUCACCUCUGACAACUCCUCCAACAAACUGCAGAACCAGAAACUGAAGAUCACCCUGUCUGCUGUAGAGGAGAACCUGAUGCAUUCCCAGUCUGAAGCCCAGCAGCUGAAGGUUUCAGUCAAGAAGCUAGAGAGCCAGGUGGAAAACUAUAAGCGCAAGGUUCAGAGGGCUCGAUUAGAGUCAGAGGAGUACUGCUUAAAGCUGGAGAUCUCUGAGAAACAUGCACAAGGUAUGAAGGCUGACCUGGAGAGAGAGAUUGAGCAGGUCAGGAGGCAGCUGCUGGGCCGUCUGAAAGAGCUGGAGCCUCUGCCUGAGAGGCUGAAGCGUUCUGAGCUGCAGUUGAGAGUGGCCCAGGAAGAGACACAGACUCAGGAGAGGAGAAACACUGAGCAAAACAAAUCCCUGUCUGAACUCAGACACAAGGUGGAACAACAGGGAUGUUGGGUGGAGACUUUUCAAGAGAAUAAUUUUAUUCUGGUGGAGGAGCACAACAAUCUGCAGCAGAAGAUAGAGAUUAUAGAGAGGAAACUGGAGGGGGCAAACUUGCAGAACAGAGAUAUGGUCCAUGUAAUCGGCAAGCGGGAGGAGACCAUCCAUAGCACCCAGAAACAGCUGGAGGAGCGGGCCCGGGAGUGCAGCAUCCUCUCCAAGCAGCUGGAGCAGGCCUUCAAGGAUGGACAGAGAGAGGCGGAUCAGAGCCUGGAGCGGGCUUUAUUCAAAGAGAGGUCCAUCCAGACCAAGGCUCUGGACCUGGAGAGCCAACUGGGCCUCAGAAAGACAGAGCUCAGUCAGUUACGAAGAAGCAAAGAGGAUAUGGAGCUACGAUUCCAGAAUCAGUUGAAGAACAUGAAGGAGAGACUGGAACAAUCUGACUCUACCAAUCGCAGCCUGCAGAAUUAUGUUCAGUUUCUCAAAGCUUCAUAUAGUAAUGUGUUUGGUGACUCUGUGCUAUCAAGCUCUCUACACACACACUUACCAAUCUGAUUGAAUAGUGUAAGCCUUAUAUUGUAUGAUUUUGUGUAUCAAUGAUCUAUUUGUUAUUUUCAGUAUAAAUGUACUGUAUACUGUUAAUCAAAACUAUGAUAAAAUCUUAAAAUGAAAAUGGACUGUCAGACAUGUUUCACUCUU